AUGGCUUCUCUGCACCCGGCGCCCAAUAUGGCGCCCGGCAAUGUUAGCCUGCCUCCUAACCUCACGCAGCAAAAUGUCCAAGAGAUUCUUCAAAAGUACAAGCAGAUGCAAGAACAGGGUGUCCGCCCUGAUGACCCCGAGUUCAUCAAGGCUCACAACGUGCUCACUGCUAUCCAGCGGCAGCAGAACUUCCAAAAGCAACAGCGUUUUGCUCAGCAGCAGCGCCAACAGCAGCAGAUGAAUGGUGCCACUCCUGAGACUGCCCCCAAUGGCAAUCAUGGUCGCACCGCAUCUGCUUCUUCGGCCCCGGGUGGCACCCCUCAGGACACUACCUCGGCCGCAGCCAAGAAUGCGACAGUUGGCAGCGGUAGCUUCUCUCCAGAGCAGUUGGCCACCCUUCGCAACCAGAUUUUGGCUUUUAAGAUGCUGUCCAAGAACCUCGCAAUCCCACCCCGCGUUCAACAGCAGCUCUUUGCAAACAAGAAGUCUCAAACACCCACCCCCACGGACAUUGUUGGCACAGCCGAGAAGGUGAUUGAUACCGCGGACAAGUCCUCAACACAACCCCCGGAAAGUGUCGAGCCUGAAGAAUUUGGCCGAGAUUGGUACGGAAGUUUCCAGUCUCCGUACGACUCCCUCUCCGACACCAUCAGCUAUACAGACCACGCCAACCGCGCAAAUCGCGUACGAAUUCCCGCCCUCUUGCCCCCGGGUAUGGACCUUGAACAAGUUCGCGAGGACCGUGAGAUCGCAAUCUACAACAAGAUAGUGGCUCGGAAAGCAGAGCUUGCUCAGCUUCCUGCUAAUUUGGGUGUGUGGGAUACCAGCAAGAGUGAUACUCCUUCAUACGACGACUCGCUCAAGUUGAAGGCCUUGAUUGAAUACAAAUCCCUCUCUCUCUUGCCCAAGCAGCGUCAGUUCCGCAAGCAGCUUCAGAAUGAGAUGUUCCACUAUGACAACCUCGGCAUGACCGCCAACCGUUCAAGCCACCGUCGCAUGAAGAAGCAGUCUUUGCGUGAGGCUCGCAUUACUGAGAAGCUUGAGAAGCAGCAACGUGAUGCUCGUGAAACCCGUGAGAAGAAGAAGCAGUAUGAUCAGCUGCAGGCUAUCCUCAACCACAGCGCUGAACUUGCCAAUGCUUCCGUGCAACAACGCACUCGCUCCCAGAAGCUGGGUCGGAUGAUGAUCUCACACCACCAGCACAUGGAGCGUGAAGAGCAGAGACGUGUGGAGCGCACUGCCAAGCAGCGUCUCCAGGCCUUGAAGGCUAACGAUGAGGAGACAUAUCUCAAGCUUUUGGGACAGGCCAAGGAUUCUCGUAUCUCUCACCUGCUCAAACAGACCGAUAACUUCCUCAAGCAACUUGCCGCAUCCGUCAAGGAACAACAACGUAACCUGGCUCAGCGUUACGGUGAAGAACAAGACUUCGACGACGAGUCAGACCAGGAGAUUCUUGAUAGCGAAAAUGAGGAAGAAGAGACCAGCAACGGAAAGAAGAAGGUCGACUACUACGCUGUUGCUCACCGUAUCAACGAAGAGGUCACAUCACAGCCUACGAUUCUCCAGGGAGGUACCCUCAAGGAAUACCAGCUGAAGGGUCUCCAAUGGAUGAUUUCUCUCUACAACAACAACCUCAAUGGUAUUUUGGCAGACGAGAUGGGUCUUGGAAAGACCAUCCAGACCAUCAGUUUGAUUACGCAUAUCAUCGAAAAGAAGCAAAACAACGGCCCCUUUCUGGUCAUUGUUCCUCUUUCUACCCUCACCAACUGGAACAUUGAAUUCGACAAGUGGGCACCAACGGUGCAGAAGGUUGUCUACAAGGGUCCUCCCAACGCACGAAAGCAACAACAGCAACAGAUCCGUUGGGGCAACUUCCAGGUUCUGCUCACCACCUACGAAUACAUCAUCAAGGAUCGCCCAGUUCUCAGCAAGAUCAAGUGGACCCACAUGAUUGUUGAUGAGGGUCACCGCAUGAAGAACACACAAUCGAAGCUGAGCAGCACCCUCUCAACAUAUUACACCAGUCGCUACCGUCUCAUUUUGACCGGUACUCCAUUGCAAAACAACCUCCCCGAACUUUGGGCUCUUCUCAAUUUCGUCCUGCCUAAUAUUUUCAAGUCCGUCAAGUCGUUUGACGAGUGGUUCAACACACCAUUCGCCAACACUGGUGGCCAAGAUCGCAUGGACCUGAGCGAAGAAGAGCAGCUUCUCGUUAUUCGUCGUCUUCAUAAGGUUCUUCGUCCCUUCCUGCUCAGACGUCUCAAGAAGGAUGUUGAGAAGGAUCUGCCCGACAAGCAGGAGCGUGUCAUCAAGUGUCGAUUCUCCGCCUUGCAGACCAAGUUGUACAAACAGCUUGUCACACACAAUAAGAUGGCUGUCAGCGACGGCAAGGGCGGAAAGACUGGUAUGCGUGGUCUGAGCAACAUGCUGAUGCAAUUGCGAAAGCUUUGCAACCAUCCCUUCGUCUUCGAACCUGUUGAGGACCAGAUGAACCCCACUCGCAUGUCAAACGAUCUUCUCUGGCGUACUGCAGGAAAGUUCGAGCUGCUCGAUCGUGUCUUGCCUAAGUUCCGUGCCACCGGUCACCGAGUACUGAUGUUCUUCCAGAUGACUCAGAUUAUGAACAUCAUGGAGGAUUUCCUCCGUCUGCGUGGCUUGAAGUACCUUCGUCUUGACGGUUCCACAAAGUCUGACGAUCGAUCAGAUCUGUUGAAGCAGUUCAACGACCCUGGGUCCGAUUACUUUUGUUUCUUGCUCUCUACCCGUGCUGGUGGUCUGGGUCUGAACUUGCAGACUGCAGACACUGUCAUCAUCUACGAUUCCGAUUGGAACCCUCACCAGGAUUUGCAAGCCCAGGAUCGUGCUCACCGUAUUGGGCAGAAGAACGAGGUUCGCAUUCUGCGACUUAUCAGUUCCAACUCGGUCGAGGAGAAGAUUCUCGAGCGUGCUCAGUUCAAGUUGGACAUGGAUGGCAAGGUUAUCCAAGCCGGAAAGUUCGAUAACAAAUCUACCAACGAGGAGCGAGAUGCGCUUCUACGAACGCUCCUGGAUACAGCAGAGGCAGCAGAUUCGAUUGGUGAUCAUGACGAAAUGGAUGAUGACGACCUCAACGAUAUUAUGGCCCGUUCGGAAGAUGAAAUUGGAAUUUUCCAAGAGAUGGAUAGACAGCGUAUCGCCAAUGAUAAAUAUGGUCCUGGCCACCGCUACCCUCGUCUGAUGUGUGAAGCAGAGUUGCCAGAAAUCUACAUGCAGGAGGAUAACCCUGUCACAGAAGAGGUUGAGAUUGAGGUUACUGGUCGUGGUGCUCGUGAGCGCAAGGUCACCAAGUACGAUGAUGGUCUUACGGAAGAGCAGUGGUUGAUGGCAGUGGAUGCCGACGAUGACACCAUCGAAGCCGCCAUUGCCCGAAAGCAGGCUCGCGUUGAACGUCGCAAGUCCAACAAGGCUGGUCGUGGCCUGGGUGAUGACGAGUCAUCACCUGAGCCCGAGCCUGAAAUCGACGAUGAUGAGACACCCAAGAAGCGUCGUCGCGGUCCUCCUCCCAAGCGCAAGGCCGAGGAAAUUGUUGAUGAAACUCCUCAGCCCAAGCGCAAGAGAGGCCGUCAACCCAAGGUGCCGGAUACUCUCAGCCCCUCUGAUCGCGCUACCUUGACUGGUAUUCUCGACAGCACUAUUCAGUCUUUGCUGGAUAUGGAAGCUGAAGUUCCCCCAGAAGGCUCGGACAGCGAAGAAGGACCCAUGGUCCGUGCAAUUCUGGAUCCCUUCAUGAAACCUCCCCCCCGCUCCCUAUACCCCGACUACUACAUGAUCAUUCAGAAGCCUAUUGCCAUGGACGCAAUCCAGAAGAAGGUCAAGCGGGGCGAUUAUCAAAACCUCAGGGGCUUUGUGGAGGAUAUCCACCUGCUCUGCCAGAAUGCCCGGACGUACAAUGAGGACACCAGUGUUUUGUUCCAGGAUGCUAAUGACAUCGAGGCCAAGUGUUUGUCCGAACUGAAGAAGCAUACCGACGAGCACCCCCAGUUUGCCAUCUUCGACAACCAGUCUGUUGGUGAUGGUUCGACCGGCUUUGCCUCGGGCACGGACACGCCGAUGACGGCUGGUACCCCCGGGCAGAAAUUGAAGCUCACUUUCAGCAACCCCAACCGGGACACACCCAGCGGUGGCGACGAGGAGUAG